AAACUAGCUCCCCAAGUGGUAGCUCGUGCGUGGCGCAGUGUAUGUUUGCGUGUGUGUGUGACGUAUGCCCUCCUAAUGCGGUGCCGGUGAGUGUCUGUAUACUGUGAGAGGGCUGGACCUCCCCUUCUGGCUUCGGAACCGCUAGUCUUCACUUCCCCUUUUACAGGCUUAGCGUUUCUCGACUCCCACAGAGGAGACCACGAUUCGUCUGUAAAGGCGGUGUAUGAAUCCUAUUGGAGGGAUAUCUGCAACCAUAAACGCCAACAGGCUGCGAGCGGAAGGCAUGGGCUCCCACGGGCAGGCGGUGCACUUCUCCAACCAGGACUAUGAGACACUGAAGCAACAGUGCAUUGAGUCGGGCUGCCUUUUCGAAGACCCCUGUUUCCCUGCUGAGCCCCCAUCGCUUGGCUUCAAGGAGCUCGCUCCAUACUCUGCAAAAACCAGAGAUGUGGAGUGGAUGAGACCCACGGAACUGGUGAAUCAGCCUCAAUUCAUUGUUGGCGGUGCCACCAGGACCGACAUCUGUCAAGGAGCACUGGGGGACUGCUGGCUCUUGGCAGCCAUUGCUUCUCUCACCCUCAACGAGAAGCUGCUUCAUCGAGUUGUCCCACAUGGCCAGUCCUUUGAAGAUAGUUACGCUGGAAUUUUCCACUUUCAGUUCUGGCAGUUUGGUGAAUGGGUAGAUGUCGUCAUAGAUGACCGACUCCCUGUCAAAGAUGGCGAGCUGAUGUUUGUGCAUUCUGCUGAGGGCAAUGAAUUCUGGAGUGCACUGCUGGAGAAGGCUUAUGCUAAGCUGAAUGGAACCUAUGAAGCUUUGUCUGGAGGAAGUACCACUGAAGGUUUUGAAGACUUCACAGGUGGCGUGUCUGAGUGUUACGAACUCAGCAAGGCUCCCAGAGAUUUGUACAAGAUCAUCGGCAAAGCUCUGGAUAGGGGCUCCCUGCUGGGCUGCUCUAUUGAUAUAACCAGUGCCUUUGACAUGGAGGCUGUAACAUUCAAGAAGCUAGUUAAGGGUCACGCCUAUUCAGUCACUGGGCUGAAGGAGGUAGAUUACCGUGGCAGACAGGAGCGUUUAAUCCGAAUUCGUAAUCCUUGGGGUCAAGUAGAGUGGACCGGUGCCUGGAGUGACAAUUCCUCGGAAUGGGAGCACGUUGAUCCAUCUGAACGAGAUGAAGUGCAUUUGCAGAUGGAAGAUGGAGAGUUUUGGAUGUCCUUCAGUGAAUUCCUGAGACAGUUUUCCCGACUCGAAAUAUGUAAUCUGACUGCUGACGCUCUGAAGGAGGACGCUCUGAGCCACUGGAACACCAUCAAAUUUAAUGGCACGUGGAGGAGGGGCAGCACUGCCGGAGGCUGCAGAAACAAUCCCAACACAUUCUGGAUAAACCCUCAGUAUAAGAUCACACUGCUUGAGGAGGAUGAUGACCCCGACGAUGACGAGGUUGCCUGUAGUUUCUUGGUUGCACUGAUGCAGAAGGACCGCCGUAAAUAUCGCCGACACGGUCAGGAUAUGCACACCAUAGGCUUUGCGCUAUAUGAGAUCCCCGAGGAGUUUAAAGGUUGCCAGAAUGUCCACCUGAAGAAGAAUUUCUUUCUGAGCAAUCAAUCGUGUGCUCGCUCUGAGACUUUCAUUAACCUUCGGGAGGUGAGCACACGGCUCCGUCUACCUCCAGGAGAGUAUCUCAUUGUCCCCUCCACUUUUGAGCCCGGUAAAGAGGCAGACUUUGUCCUCAGAGUCUUCACUGAGAAACAAUCAGAAACCGAAGAACUAGACGAUGAAAUCUCUGCUGACUUAGGAGAAGAGGAAGAAAUAACUGAAGAUAACAUUGAUGAGUCCUUCAAGUCCAUGUUUGCCCAACUAGCAGGAGAGGACAUGGAGAUUUCCAUUCGGGAGCUGAAGACCAUUCUGAACAGAGUCGUCUCGCGCCAUAAGGAUCUGAAGACGGAUGGCUUCAGUCUGGAGUCCUGCAGAACAAUGGUCAACCUUAUGGACAAGGAUGGAAGCGCUCGUUUGGGAGUGGUGGAGUUCCAGGUUCUUUGGAAUAAGAUUCGAAAGUGGCUGCUUGUCUUUAGGCAGUUUGAUCUUGACAAGUCAGGUGCCAUGAGUUCCUAUGAGAUGCGUCUUGCCGUGGAGGCAGCAGGUUUUAAACUAAACAACAAACUGAACGAGAUUCUGGUGGCCCGAUAUGCAGAGAAUGAGAUGAUUGACUUUGAUAACUUCAUCUGCUGCUUGGUCAAGCUUGAAGCCAUGUUCAGGUCUUUCCUGCAGUUUGACAAAGAGUCCUCAGGAGUGGCUGAAUUGACUCUCAUAGAGUGGCUUUACCUGACCAUGUGUGGUUGAAGAGGACUCUAUACCAAGUUGAGGGAUGGCAGCAGCCUGCAGAUUGUUUCAACGCUCAGCCUUGAAAAUCCUGUAACAUUUCCCACCCUAGCGUAUCCAAAGUAGCAGUAGAGACACAUUGAAAAGUCCAUCCAGGCCAAGUGUCUCCCACUAAAAAGUUGUAAAACUAUGCAAACCUGAAGUAUGCAGCUAUCACUCCUGCAUGAGUACAGUAUAUGCGUAACCACAGAAUGGCAAGUUAUUUGCAUGGUGAUAUUUCUGUAUUUUAGGUUGGCUGUCUAAAGGUCUAAAAUAUUUAGCAACGAAAGCAUAUUGGUAGAGCUUUUCUUACUUUGUAUAUGACUUAAAUUUUUAACAGGAUAGUGUGCAUCCAACUUUGCACCCAUAGGUAGUGAGACAGACUUGAGCAUACGACUUUUUUUAAACCUAUUGUUUUUGUGUUGUUAGAAAUAAGUCGCCCAUCUGUGAGGUUUCACGCUAAGGGUUUACUUUGCACUGAAAUUUUUGUUGAAGGAAGCUGCAAAAAUGCCUCACAUUAAUGUAAGCAACGGAGUUUCUUGACAGGGAUCACAGUAUUGGAAUGCCUUAUACAUGUCCUUAGCUCUAAGCGGCUAAAUUAAAAUGUGCCAGUUAUGUUUUGUGCUCAGAAUGUGUGUUGUGCCUUCAAUAAAUAAUGCCAGUAACAUUCUUCA